AUGAAGGCCUGUAUCGUCAACUUGAGGCUGCUGUUGUCUGGGCCUUUGCUCCUGGGCUUGGCCUCGAGCUACAACCUUGAUGUUCAGCACUCACAGCGCUUGGUCUUCCCAGAUGCCAGUGCUGGCAGGCACUUUGGGUAUCGAGUCCUGCAGGUUGGAAAUAGGAUUGUCGUGGGUGCUCCAGGUGAGGGGGACAACAGCAUGGGACAACUCUACCAGUGCCAGCCAGGGAUGGCGCAGUGCCUGCCAGUCAGCCUGAGUGGUUCCAACUAUACCUCUAAGUAUUUGGGGAUGACUUUGGUGACUGACCCCAUAAAUGGAAGCCUUUUGGCCUGUGACCCUGGGCUGUCUCGGGAAUGUGACCAGAAUACCUAUCUAAGUGGCCAGUGUUACCUCUUUCACCAGGAUCUGAGGGGUCCUGUACUACAAGGGCGCCCUGGAUAUCAGGAGUGUAUAAAGAGCAAGGUCGACCUGGUGUUCCUGUUUGAUGGCUCAGGAAGCUUGAAAAAGGAAGAAUUUCAGGAAAUUCUGGACUUCAUGAAAGAUGUGAUGAAGAAACUCAGCAACUCUUCAUACCAGUUUGCGGCUGUUCAAUUCUCCACGAAUUACAAAACAGAAUUUAAUUUCUUGGACUAUGUUAGUAAGAAGGAUCCUGAUGUUCUCCUGGCCGGAGUUGAACACAUGAAGUUUUUGACUAACACCUUUCGUGCCAUCAACUAUGUCGCGACACAGGUGUUUCAGCCAGAGAUGGGGGCUCGGCCAGACGCCACCAAAGUGCUCAUCAUCAUCACUGAUGGAGAAGCCACUGAUGAUGGCAACAUUGACCAGGCUCAAGACAUUAUCCGCUAUGUAAUAGGGAUUGGAAAGUUAUUUACAUCUAAAAAGAGUCAGCAGACUCUCCAUAAAUUUGCUUCCAAACCCACAUCAGACUUUGUAAAGAUUCUGGACACUUUUGAGAAACUUAAAGAUCUGUUUACCGAGCUACAAAAGAAGAUCUAUGCCAUUGAGGGCACAAAACAGGACCUGACAUCCUUCGAUAUGGAGCUGUCUUCCAGUGGGAUCAGCGCAGAUCUCAGCAGAGGCCAUGGUGUCGUGGGGGCAGUGGGAGCCAAGGAUUGGGCUGGAGGUUUUCUAGAACUGAAUGCCAACCUGGAGGAUGAUACAUUUGUGGGGAAUGAACCACUGACACCGGAAGAGAAAGAAGGGUAUUUGGGUUACACAGUCACCUGGCUGCAUGUCCAAGGGUACACAUCAAUGCUAGCAGCCGGAGCUCCCCGAUACCAGCAUGUGGGGCGGGUGCUGUUGUUCAAUAAGACAAAGGACACAAACAGUUGGAGCCAGAUCCAGAAAAUAGAUGGGGACCAGGUGGGCUCUUAUUUUGGUGGUGAGCUGUGUGCCAUCGACAUGAACCAAGAUGGGGACACAGAGACACUGCUGAUUGGCGCACCCCUGUUUUAUGGGGAACAGAAAGGAGGCCGAGUGUUUGUGUACCAGAAAAAAAAGAUGGACUUCCAGGUAGUCUCGGAGUUAUUUGGGGACCCUGGCUACCCGCUAGGGCGAUUUGGAGCAGCCAUUACUGCCCUGAAUGACAUCAAUGGGGACGGGCUCCUGGAUGUGGCUGUGGGAGCCCCAUUGGAGGGGUGGGGAGCCAUGUAUAUCUUCAAUGGGCGGCCUGGAGGCCUGAGCCCGCAGCCAAGUCAGCGGAUUGAAGGAAUUCAGGUGUUCCCAACAAUUCGCUGGUUUGGACGCUCCAUCCACGGAGUGAAGGACCUCGGAGGCGAUGGGCUGGUGGACGUAGCUGUGGGAGCAGAGGGGCAGGUGAUCGUGCUGAGCUCCCGGCCUGUGGUAGAUGUCAUCACACUGAUGUCCUUCUCGCCGGCUGAGAUCCCAGUGCAUGAGGUGGAGUGCGCUCACCCUCCCAGCAUCAAGAAGAAGGAAGGCGUCAACCUCACAGUCUGCUUCCAGGUUAAGCUUGUCACCCUGCAGUUCAAAGGGCCCCUGGAUGUCAACCUCACAUACACGCUGCAGCUAGAUGGCCAUCGGACCUGGAGCCGAGGCCAGUUUCCAGGGGAAAAACACAAACUAAGUGGCAUCACAGCCAUCACCCCGGACCAGUCCUGCCUCAAAUUUUGGUUCCACUUCCCGGUAUGCAUUCAGGACCUCAUCUCUCCCAUCAAUGUCUCCCUGGACUAUUCUCUCUGGGAGGAAGAAAAGAUACCUGGAGAUCAAAGGGUGGCUCAUCAACAAGGCCUGGAUGUGCGGCCCAUCCUAAGACCGUCACCACACUCUGAAACCAAGGAGAUUCCCUUUGAGAAGAACUGCGGCGAGGAUAAGAAAUGUGAGGCCGACCUACAGCUCUUCUUCUCGGAAAGAUCCACAGUCCUCCGUCUGAUGCCCUCUGCCAGUCUCUCAGUGGUGCUGAGGCUGAAAAAUAUAAAAGAAGAUGCAUAUUGGGUACAGUUGGGCUUGUACUAUCCCCGGGGGCUCUCCUUCCGCAAAGUGGAAGUACUCAAGCCCCACAGCCAGAUACCUGUGAGCUGCGAGGAGCUUCCUGGUGAGUCCAAGCUCCUGAGCUUGUCCUGCAAUGUGAGCUCCCCGAUCUUCAGAGCAGGCAGCAUGGUCUCUAUCCAGGUGAUGUUCCACACUGUGCCCAACAGUUCCUGGGAGGACUUAGUGGAGCUACACGCCAACGUAAGCUGUGAAAAUGAGGACGCCAACCUCUUAAAGAACAACAUGGACACUAUCAACACCACAGUGCUGUACCCCGUCAACAUCCUCACUGAGGACCAGGAAAACUCCACGCUGUAUGUCGGCUUCACACCAAAGGGUCCCAAGAUCCACCAUGUCACACACUUCUAUAAGGUGAGGAUUCAACCUGUGUUUGGUGAGGAUCCUGUCAACCAACACAAAAUACCCCCCCUGGAGGCCUUGGUGCGGCUCCCGAGGCCCCAGAAUGAGAAGCUCCUCAAACAGGAAUGGAGAGUACAGGUGGCGACAGCGCAGGAGUCCUCUAUCAACUGUCACCCUAUGGAGACAGUGCGACUGCUGACCCCGGCUGAGCAGCCUUGCCUAUCAGAAACUCAGCUUCGUUGCCCACUAGUCUUCAAGGAGGAGCUUCAGCUGCAAGUGACGGGCAUUCUGGAACUGGUAGGGGAGAUCAAGGAAUCCACCAUGCUCAGCCUCUGCAGCUCAGUCUUCGUCUCCUUCAACAGCACCAAGCACUUCCAUCUCUAUGGCAGGAAUGCUUCCCUGGCUCAGGUCAUCAUGAAAGUUGACAUGAUCUACGAAAAAAAUAUGCUCCAUCUCUACCUGAUAAGCAGUUUUGGGGGAUUGUUGGUGCUGCUGCUGAUUUUCUGGGUGCUCUACAAGAUUGGCUUCUUCAAACGGAAUCUGAAGGAGAAGAUGGAAGCAGAUGGAGAUACCCCAAAUGGACUCCCUGAGGCAGACUCAGAGCCUCUCUCCCCUGAGAAAGAGGCCAUGGAGCCCCUCCAGGGAGAAAAGGUCGAGGAGAAAGACAAAGCCUAG